ACGUAGAAAUUACGUUCUUUUCUUGUUAUAUUGGCUGCCCUGUCGUUUAACAUUUGCUCUUUACACUUACGGUAGCAAUUUACUAAGUCUUCGACGUCCUCGUGUGGACUGUUGUGUGUUGUAAUAAAUUAAGUUCAUGAGUUAUCGGAGAGGGAGAAAAUCAAAAUGAUCUUUGUUGAAAAAUAUUGAUCUACCGGUGUAAAGGAUUCUGGCGGAAAGAUGGAAACCCCAAUAGAGGAUUUGUGGCGUUGCGAGGUUGUCUUGCUCAGAGGUGACAACCUCGAGGAGCUUCUCGACGUCUCCCCUUGGAUAAGGCAUAUGAAGACCGGUGAUUAUGUGGAAAUUAUCGAAUCGGAAAUUUGCCGGAAGAUUUUCUCCGAGUACAAGUCCACCCAUCCACAUGUGGAUGGUGAAAAUGCCGUCAGCAUGCUCUGCAAGUGUCUCAACGACCACCUUGUCAUCCACAACACACCUUUGGACAGGUUUGAAGUCCUUCUGUUCGGAAUAGCAAGCCUCCAAGCGUUUAUUCAGACCAACUGGACCGGCCCUAAGUACAAGCGGAAAGACGUCUACCAUCCCUGUAUCAAUCCUUUUAUCUUGAAGUACCUUCCGGAGGAGAUAUUGCAAAAGAAAGAUAUUAAAGAGUGCAUUCGUCUCAGUCUUGCGAUUGACGGUGAAGAGAUUUGUUGUGCAAUCGAGCAUCCCGAAUUGUUACUUCUUGCCGAAGUGUGUUUCCGUUGUUGCCUCUCCGAAGUAAAAACGAGUUCUUGGUGGCUUCUCAGGACUAUUUACAUUCAUCAGCAGAUCCUCGAUGAACAUUCACCGACUCUAAAAAAUGAACUGAUUUCCUUAAGUCAGAACCUUGAAACAGCCGAUUGGAUCGAAGAAAACAAAUACUUACAAGUCUUGUUCCACCUGGAGGUAGCGAGGAUUCACCUUCAUUAUGGCAAAGUUGUGCUUUCAGAACAGGAAAUCAAACGGGUUUUGGGCCUUUUGAAUAUGGAAGUAAAUCUAGUCGGGGCGUUAGGGCGCAGGACCCAGUACCAGAGGAAAGAUUUGGCACAGCUAACGAUCGAUGUCAAGGUUGACAGGUGCGCUAAUUUGGAUUCUCAGAACAAACAACCCGAACAACAAUUCCCUAAGGAUGUACUACUUAAUGACGACGUCCGUUUACCACAUGUCGUCUUUACCAAUGCAGGUGAUGGUAAGUUUCCUGACUUACAACCUCUUGAGCAGGCUGCCCUGAUAGCUGUUUUCGGACAGAAGAAAAAGAGCCAAGCCAAAGACCAUCUCCAAAAUGAGGAACUUAUGCCGUUUUUAAAUUGUAUUUUGUCACAUCCGAAAGUUUGGACACUGCAAGUUUCAGCUCUUUUAUUUAGGUCUAGAAUAGAAUGUGAGCAUAAGAGGACUGUGGAGCGAGCAUUACUUCAGACUCAAGAGCUGAUGGAUCUUGAGAACAACACAACUCCACUUCCUACCAGGUUGAAUCUUUUUUAUUGUAGUUAUACACCACCAUCAUUUAUAAUUGCAUCUGAGUGUGCUUCAAUAAUCGUUUCGAUUGGAUCUAUGCAAUCGGCAUUAGACAUAUUUUUGAAGUUGCAGAUGUGGGACGAAGUCAUCGCUUGCUACAACUAUCUCAAAUUGAGACACAAGGCUGCCGAAGUCAUAAGGGAACAGAUGAAGAAAGGAGAAACGGUCAAGUUAUGGUGUUAUUUGGGUGAUGCGACAGACGAUGUGACUUGCUACGAACGAGCGUGGGAGUUAUCAAAACAUAGAAGUGCACAAGCGCAAAGGCACUGGGGAAUGUAUUACUUUCAGAGGAAACAAUUCAAAGAAUGUAUUCCUCAUUUUAAGAAAUCACUCGAAAUCAACAGUCUCCAGGUAUCUUUGUGGUUCAGGCUCGGUUAUGCCGCUCUCGCAGAACAGGAAAUUGAAGAAAGUGCCACUGCCUAUAGGAGGUAUUGUACCCUUGAACCUGAUAGCUUCGAAGCAUGGAAUAAUCUAGCCAAAGCUUACAUUUUCCUUGGGCAAAAGGAAAGAGCGUACAAUGCCCUUCAGGAAGCCAUUAAAUGUAAUUAUGAAAUGUGGCAGGUUUGGGACAAUCUUAUGACUGUGAGUAGUGAUUGUGGUGACUUUGAAGAAGUUAUCAGGUGUUAUCACAGGAUACUAGACUUGAAGGACAGACACAUAGAUGAACAGAUACUUUCCAUUCUCGUUUCUGUCGUGAUAAAAGGAAUUAAAGAUUAUAAGGGACAGCCGGCAACAGUACACAGAAAAAAAGCUCUUGAACUUUUUGGAAGAAUUACUUCUAAAGUAAUGAGUAAUCCAAUAAUUUGGCAAUUGUACGCAGAUUUGACAGCAAGCAUAGAAGAACAAACAUCCAUCAUAAGAUCUAAAACUGUGCAGUAUUAUCAAAAAGCGUACACAGCUGCUAUGCAAGAUAGCUCCUGGUUCAAGGAGAUCAAAUUAAUCCACAAGGUGUUGCAUAUCUGUGAAUGCCUCGCAGAAGCGCAUUUUGCUUUCAUCAAAGAUUCCCCUUCAACCAACGAAACUCUUCACUCUUUGACUUCAGCGAAGAUAUCUUUAGAAAACAUUAUCACCAAAGUCAAACAGCAUAUUAUCAAUUUCAGUGCUGAAAAUAUAAACGAUCAGUUCAAAAAUGAUUUGGCUUCUCUUGAAGUCACUCUUGAAAAUAUUAAGUCUGAUCUUAAUAAGUUGCAAUCAUGAAUUGUUGUUGUUUUAAAUAUUUUUGGUGUUGUACAUAUUUACAUGUGCCAAUAGCUUUUUUAAAAUUUUAUUGACUCAAUUUUUACUAUGAUUUCCAUUCUCUGAGCAAAUUAUUGUUCAAUUUUAACAUUGUUAACAAUUUUAGCAUUAAUUAAGUCUUGUUUUUUGAUACUUAAAACAAAUUAAUGCCAGAUUUCAGAUAAUUUAUUUUGUUCUGUUGGAAGGAAAUGUUUUUGUUU